CCAGUCGCGGGCGGUUCGGCAGCGGGAGCGGCGUCUCCGACCUCCCCUCCCCGCGGGCCGGGCUGACACCCCGGGGUUUCCGCUGUGUGCCCCGAUCGCCAUGGGUCGCAAGGAGAGUGUGUGCUGGAAAAAGCAAACCGGCAACAUCACCGACACCUUCCAGCUCAUGGAACUGCUGGGGUCAGGAGCCUUUUCAGAAGUGUAUCUGGCUAAGGAGAGGGCAACGGAUAAAUUGGUAGCUUUGAAAUGUCUUCAGAAAAAGAAUAAGGAUGACGUUGUAUUAGAAAAUGAAAUAGCAGUUUUGAGAAAGAUAAAACAUGAAAACAUCAUUGCUCUGGAGGACAUCUAUGAGAGUCCCACCCACUACUACUUGGUCAUGCAGCUAGUGUCCGGAGGAGAACUUUUUGACAGGAUUCUCGAGCGUGGAGUUUACACAGAGAAAGAUGCCAGCUCUCUGAUACGACAGAUUCUUGAGGCUGUAAGAUACCUCCAUGAGAACGGAGUGGUACAUCGAGACUUAAAGCCUGAAAAUCUGUUAUACUACAAUUCCGAUGAAAAUUCCAAGAUCAUGAUCAGUGACUUUGGUCUCUCCAAGAUGCAGGACAUGGGGGUGAUGUCCACUGCAUGUGGUACCCCUGGCUACGUGGCUCCUGAAGUUCUCCAUCAAAAACCAUAUGAUAAAGCUGUGGACUGCUGGUCUAUUGGAGUAAUUGCAUACAUCCUGCUGUGUGGUUACCCUCCUUUCUACGAGGACACUGAGUCGAAGCUCUUUGCCAGGAUUUCGAAGGCUGACUAUGAGUUUGACUCUCCGUUCUGGGACGAUAUCUCUGAGCAGGCAAAAAGUUUUAUCCGACACUUGCUGGAGAAGGACCCGAAAAAGCGGUUCACCUGUGAGCAAGCUCUGCGUCACCCCUGGAUAGCAGAGAACACCGCCCCACUGCUCAACAUCUACCGUUCUGUCAGUAUGCAGAUCACCAAGAACUUUGCCAGGAGGACUUGGAAGCGGGUGAUCAAUGCUGCACUAAUAGUGAACCACAUGCAGAAGCGGCAGUCAGUUUUAGAUCAGAGGGUGGAGAACUCCAACUGCAGUCAAGGUGGCUCCAAACCAGCCUCUUCAGAGACUUCCAAAGAUUUGCAGCAAGAGGGAGCCAGACAUCGUUCCACUCCGUCCCUUCCAACAGGCAACUGGACAGCCAACAUUGUCAGGCAGAACUCUGCAGCAAACCUCGUUACAAAGGCCCCUCUCCAUCAAAGGAUGAGUGAGGAGGCUCUGACCUGCGGACGGGAGCCUGACAUCUCACCUGAAAGGGACCCGGCCGAGAGCCGUGCAGCAAAUGGGGACCUGCUCACAGGAGCACCUGAGGACAGAGAUCGGGCAAAUGUUCCUGAUCACGCAACCCAAUCUCCUCGGCCGACUGAAGCCAAUGCUCAAGAUCAGUCAACUGCAUGUCAAAUUAUGAAGCCAAAUAAAUGGAAUAGCAUCAAGCAUGGUUCGGCCAGACAGACAGGAGUGUGCUUGCUUAUGUAACUUGGGACAUGUUGACAUCAGAGACCAGUAAGUGAAUGAAGGCUGAACCAACAGAUGCUCAAUAUUAUCUGGUUCACGUGGAGGGGAAACGCGUUAAUGAGAGGUGGCAGCAGUGAGGCAGCAGAAAUGUAACGAUACCAUUGGCUCCUCCAUGUUUCAGUUCCUCCCGGUUUGAGUUGGAGACCAGCAUCAGUUGGAGGAAGCUAUGGAAAUGAGGAUUGGAUUGGACAGGACAGCCAAGUCUGGACCUAAUGUAAAUAUCCAUCAACACUUGUCCCAUUGAACUCAUUGUUGACUGUUGGCAGUUUGGUUUCAGAUUUUCAAAUUAUUCCUUAAAUGGCAAAAAUGAACAUUUUUGCUCAAAUAACAUGCUUAGUUUUCGUAUGUUGUGUGAUUUUAAUUAAUAAAUAGUACAUUUAUGUGUUAUUCUGUAUAAGGUAAGCUGAUGCCCAGAGAGACUUGUCGGGAGGUUCUGUUUGAUCAGGAACUCAGACGUGGCCAUUGGAGAGGUGGGUAAUCCCCUCUGUAAUGUUAUGGGGUGGACGGGUCCAUCUCCUCACGUCUUUAGAUGAUUACUGGGAGCCCCUGUCUCUGCUUUCCUCCAUGUCCUACCCCUGAGCUCUCGAUAGUUCUGAUGGCACUGCUGGAGAGGACCUCGGGGCUGCCCUCUUUUCACAAAAUGGGCAUCAGAGCUGCUUCAGGGAUUAUGUUCCUCCCAAACGAGAGAGCAACCGUCCUGUCAUAAUAGUAACUUGGAAAUGUAGUGCAAGGCUGACAUCUCUAUGUAUCUCUCAAUUAUCUAUCGUGGGAGAUAAUAUUUAUAGAAUUUAUGGACUCAGUGUAUGUAUGCCCAUAUUUGGGUUUGGUAAGGAUCUGUUAAAUGAUACAACCCCAUGUACGUUUUGUGAGUGUAAGGGUUAGUCCAUGUUCAAUCAUUGUAUCGUAACUCUAGUCAGGUGAGGAACAUGGGGAUUGGUUGACAGUGGAUCUGAGGAUGAGAAUCAGCUGUAUGCCCAACUUCUGCUCCUAUUUCCUCUGUUCUUUUCCAGUUAAUAAGUUAACAGUUUGAGAGAAACUCGGAUCAGUCCACAGUUCUGAUGACUGGUCAUUGACCUGAAACGUUUCUCCAUGGAUUCUGCCUGGCCCGCUGGGUUUUCCAGCUUUGUGUUUUAUUAUGGAUAGGGAAACAGGGUUAAUGUUUCAGGUCGAAGACCCUUCGGGGUAUUUCUGACCUUGUUGCUUGUUUCUCUUUCCAAGAUGCUGCCUGUCCUGCUGAGUGUUUCCAGCACUUUUUGUUCUCAUUUCAAAUUUCAAGCAUCUGCAGUUUUUUGUUUGUAUUCUCUGUUUUUGUUUCAGGUUUCCAGAAUCUGCAAAUUUUUGCUCCAAACCAGUGUGCUCCAUUUGUAAAAUUCAAAGGUUUUUGUUCUAUCUUGUUGGCUUUCAAAGCUGUGUAUUAAUUAGGAGGGUGAACUGCUGUAGAAAUACCUCAUGUAACUUGCAUUAGGCUGGAAGGGUUGGAGUAGAUUCUCUGUCUGGAGAUAAGACUAAGGAGGUGGCUCAGUCACUUAUUGUAGGGACACAACAGUUUCAUUCACUUGAUCUCACCAACAAUGAAUUAAACCCCUUGCUAAUCAAAGCUCUCAGCUACCGAACUGCUGACAGUGGGUGGGUGAGAUUUCCCCAAGGACGUCUCUGCUCAGUAAUGCUCUUUAUAUUGGAGCAUUGCUUUUAAUUUUCUCUUAUAACUGCAUUUUUUAAACUCAAACCAGUGAAAUGUUUUGUGUUCAGGUUACAUUGUGUUGAACAAAG